GUCGCAGUCACCUGAACCCAGCACUGGUCCGUCCCAAAGGCAACCAACCAUUACCGACUCCCAUCGAUUUCAAAUGCGCUUCUUUUCACCGGACAACCUGCCCGAGGGCAGCGCCUCGUGACCAGGGUCACUAUCACAGAAGAUUGCGGUAUUCUAAAGCCACUGGAAAACUGAAAAUCCCAUUCACGCCAAGCUCCUUAGGGAUUAUUUUAAGCGUCCUUCAGUCUCCGCGAUUGUGUUCCGGGAGGUUGCCGAGCAGCAGCGAGUUCACGACCCAGCGUUCCGCAUCCUCGCGGCGUCCUCAAAUGUCACCAAACACGCCACACUGAGAGGCACCUUGAGACAAGCUUACGAUGACCUCCAAGCCGUUUUCGAAGCUCGUCCCGACGAGCCAAGGCCGGUCAUUCUACGAAGAUCUUCGACGCCGAGAAGAGGACCUCCAAGACCAAACCGGGCUGUUGGACGAGGAGAACUUGAAGCAGACUUUUCAUGAAUAUGAUUUGGAGCACGCUGAAGGUCUUGGUAUGGAGGACAGUCGCACGACUCUGGGCGGUGUGACCGGUCCGUCAACCAAACGCCGACCGCACAAAGAUGACCGCCCCACGUGGAUGCCGCAGGAAGAGGAAGGAGACAACGAUGUUCCCGCCUCGCUUCUGGUUGAGCGUCACGACGGAGACGCGGCCGGUUCUCCCAGCCAACCGAGAAAGAAGAAAGUGAAGCAGCCGUCCGCCAUCCCAGGGCCAUCAAAUGCUCGCCUUCAGUGGGAAACCACCCAGGCACAGCAGAGAUUGCACGAUGAUUCAGUCUUCAAGCAACCUCCGCAGCAGUCUGGCUUGCCAAGCUCGCUUUUCACCGGGAUGGUGUCGGGGAACGCGAAGAAGAAGGCUGAGUGGAGAUGGGCGAACGUCUCGAAUCUCGACAACUUCAUCAGGGAUGUCUACGAUUACUAUCUCGGUAACGGCUUUUGGUGUAUACUGGUUGAACGGGGCCUGCAUCUUGUCCACGUUGCCUUCACCGCCUCCUACUUGACAUUUCUUACUCAGUGCAUUGACUACACCAAGAUCCGAGGUAGCCAAAAUCUUUCGCAGGUCCUAGUCCCCCAGUGUGUCAAGAAUAUGUCGGGUUGGUGGAGUGUCGGCGUUUGGAUGUUUGCCUUCUACUUCAUCUGGAAGUCAAUCCAGUUUCUCUUGGAUCUCAAGCGGCUGCGUAACAUACGCGACUUUUACGUCUACCUUCUCGAUAUCCCCGACCAGGACAUGCAAACGGUUACGUGGCAGGAGGUAGUGGCCCGAAUUAUGGCUCUGAGGGAUCACAACCCCAAGACGGCGACGACCCUGACCGCAACACAGAGGCAAUGGCUUGGCAGCCAAUCUAAGGAAAGGCUCGACGCGUCAGACAUUGCCAACCGGCUCAUGAGGCGAGAGAAUUACCUGAUUGCCAUGUUCAACAAGGAAGUCUUGAAUUUGACGAAUCCGCUACGCUUUCGGGGCAACCAACAGGUGCUUUCCCGAACUAUGGAGUGGCUCCUGAUGUUUAGCAUCCUUGACUUUGUCUUCGACGACAGGAACCAAGUCAAUCAGGAAUUCAUCCGCGCCGAGCGCCGAGCCGAACUCAGCUCUAAACUUCGCGCGCGGAUGAGGUUCACCGCAAUACUGUUCGGGUUUCUCAGUCCCUUUUUGGCACUUUACCUGGUAGUGGUCUAUUGUCUCAUGUAUUUUCACGAGGUCUAUAAGAACCCAGCGGAGUUGGCGGCGCGGACUUACACACCGCUCGCAGAGUGGAAAUUUCGAGAAUUCAAUGAACUCCCCCAUCUCUUCCAGAAACGGCUCGCCAUGUCCCAUCCUUUCGCGAGUCAUUAUAUCGAUCAGUUCCCCAAGGCCAAGACGGAGAUGCUUGCCUGGACAGUGGCGUUCAUUUCUGGCUCCCUCGCUAGCGUACUCGUGGCUGCCUCUAUUCUCGAUUCCGAGCUGGUUAUGACAUUUGAAAUCACCCCUGGGAAAACAGUCAUCUUCUACCUGGCUGUUUUCGGGACCAUCUGGGCAGGUGCGCGGGCCAGCACGUCAGAUGAAAAAUCUGCCUUCGACCCCGAGUAUGCUAUGCGCAACGUCAUCCAAUAUACCCACUACGAGCCGGACCACUGGAAAAACAGGCUUCAUAGCUCCGACAUCAAAGUAGAGUUCUCCGAGCUGUACAAACCCAAAGUGAUGGUUUUUAUUGAGGAGAUAUUGAGCAUCAUACACGCACCCUUAGUACUCUUUUUCAGCCUCCCCAAAUCCAGCGAUCAGAUCAUCGACUUCUUUCGAGAGUUUACAAUCCACGUUGACGGCCUCGGAUAUGUCUGUACCUUUGCCGAAUUCGACUUCAGCAAGGGCGUCGGAAAGAACAAGAGCAACAAUGGGGAAAGGGACGUUAGAGACGACUACUACUCGACGAAGCACGGAAAAAUGGAGGCUUCCUACUAUGGUUUCAUGGGCAAUUACGGCAACUUCUCCGUCAACCCGCGGGCGGGCGCAACGUCAUAUCUCCCGCCCGGCGCUCGGAAUCAGUUUCAUCCGCCACCAGUCUGGCCAAGUAUAAACUCGCCGGCGGCGGCCGACCUGCAUCUCUCAAGGAUGGGCUUUGACCGGUUGCGGAGUGGAACAUCGGCGCGAGAAGCAAGGCAUGGCACCGCCCUGCCCCAACCCUCACCGAUGGCGUCCAUCCUUCUAGAUCCGCAUCACCAUCCACCAAGCACACACGCUACAGGCAGAAGCAUACACACACCCCGCCGCAAUCGUGGCGGAGGCCGCCGGGACGUCAUCGAAGAAACUCACGAGGACGACGAUGAGAUGAGCGAUGUAGGCAGGCGACUAGGCGAUGAGGAGGCGUACGAGAGCGGAGGUGCCCUUGAAGAGUCGGCAUGGCAGACAUCGCCGGCCAGGACGCUAAGCCGGGACAACAGCACGGCAGAGAGCCGCCGGCCGCCAGACGCCGGGGUCGUUCACAUGAUUUACCAGCUCAACCAGGCACAGAUGCAUCGCAGGCCUGGCGGAGUGCGUUGAGUGGGUGAAUGGCGCAUCAGGAGACAUGACAACUCAUUAGUGCCAUAUUUGAAUGUGCAAGGCGUUACAUACUUUUGGAUGCAGGGAAACCUCUCAAUAGGAGAGGCAUUGCUAGGCCAUGGCGCGUUUUGCAUGUCGCGCAGAAACUACAUAAGCGGCCGUCAGGUGAAAUAAUUGAUGUCAAAGGACUGUGUAUAAAUUCCAACGAUCCUGUCCUCCGUUGUCCUCCCUACUUAUACAUAAUGCAGCAAGUGAC